GAUGUGUAAUGACACUCUAUGCAGUAGAUUUAUCUCCACUAGAUUUUGCGAGUGAGCCAACAUCAGCCAUUGGUUCCAUUAGGGCCAAAAGCAAUAGCCAUGGCGACGCUAGCCUCACUAUCUCUCUGCGGCCCGACCUCACAUUCACCGCUCCAUUGUUCUUCAAGCAAACCCAUUCUAUGUUGCCCCAAUUUCACCACGCCCAAUCAUCACCGUAAGAAGAGAAGCUCUUCCCACAGGCAAAGAAAGUUUAGAGUUUUGGCCGUCACAGAGGGCUCUGCUAAGAACACAAGCAAAGAGGAAGACGGAGAAGACCCUUCAGUUCCGUCUUGGGCCAAACCCGGGUCAGAAGAGCCGCCACCGUGGGCCAGAAAUGAGUCCCAGAAAGAUUCUUCUAGCUUUCAGGUUCCCUUCUAUGUGUAUCUUUUGGCCUCAUCUAUCACUGCCAUUGCUGCUAUCGGUUCGAUUUUUGAGUAUGUGAAUCAAAAACCCGUUUUUGGAGUUGUGAGCCCCGAUAGUGCAUUUUAUGCUCCUCUACUUGGGUUCUUUGUUUUCACAGGCAUUCCCUCUUCUGGAUUUCUUUGGUUCAAAUCGGUUCAAGCGGCUAACAAGGAGGCAGAGGAGCAAGACAAGAGGGAUGGGUACCUAUAGAUUCUUUGUUACUCACUUGUACAAUGUACUUCGUUUGAGUUGUAUCUACUUGUAAAGAUUUUUGCACAGUGGCACUGAGAUUACUUCGUUGUGCAAGCUAGCUAUGCUAAUAUAUUGUCAUCCCAAUCUGAAACAUCGACAAUGUAACUCAUACAUGAAUACUGUUUUUCAUGUUACUAAUACAAAGGUGAAAACUCAACCCUCUCUUUAGCUUC